ACCCCGCCACGGGCAGCCGGGAACGCUCCAGCCUCCAGGGAUGGCCGAUAAGUGCAGCGAGGGGCUGCUGAACGGCGCCGUGCCCGGCGAGCGCGCCAAGCGCGACGAGAACGUCAAGCGCGGCAACUGGGGCAACCAGAUUGAGUUCGUGCUGACCAGCGUGGGCUACGCCGUGGGGCUGGGCAACGUCUGGCGCUUCCCGUACCUCUGCUACCGCAAUGGCGGAGGUGCCUUCAUGUUCCCCUACUUCAUCAUGCUCGUGUUCUGCGGCAUCCCCCUCUUCUUCAUGGAGCUCUCCUUCGGGCAGUUCGCCAGCCAGGGCUGCCUGGGCGUCUGGAGGGUCAGCCCCAUGUUCAAAGGCGUGGGCUACGGGAUGAUGGUGGUGUCCACCUACAUCGGGAUCUACUACAACGUGGUGAUCUGUAUUGCCUUCUACUACUUCUUUGUGUCCAUGACGCGCGUGCUGCCCUGGACGUACUGCAGCAACCCGUGGAACACGCCGGACUGCGCGGGCGUCCUGGACGGCAACGGCAACGGCAGCGCCGCCGUCAACCUCACGCGCAUCCUCAACGCCACGCAGAAGCGCACGAGCCCCAGCGAGGAGUACUGGAGGAAGUACGUGCUCAACCUCUCGGAUGACAUCGGGAACCUGGGCGAGGUGCGGCUGCCCCUCCUGGGCUGCCUCGGCGUCUCCUGGGUCGUCGUCUUCCUCUGCCUCAUCAAGGGCGUCAAGUCGUCGGGAAAAGUGGUGUACUUCACCGCCACCUUCCCCUACGUGGUGCUCACCAUCCUCUUCGUGCGCGGCAUCACGCUGGAGGGUGCCGUCACCGGCAUCACCUACUACCUGACGCCGCAGUGGGACCGCAUCCUGGAUGCCAAGGUGUGGGGCGACGCGGCCUCGCAGAUCUUCUACUCCUUGGGCUGUGCCUGGGGCGGGCUCAUCACCAUGGCCUCCUACAACAAGUUCCACAACAACUGUUACCGGGACAGCAUCAUCAUCAGCAUCACCAACUGCGCCACCAGCGUCUAUGCCGGCUUCGUCAUCUUCUCCAUCCUUGGCUUCAUGGCCAACCACCUGGGUGUGGAUGUCUCCAAAGUGGCCGACCAUGGCCCCGGCUUGGCCUUUGUGGCAUACCCYGAGGCCCUCACCCUGCUCCCCAUCUCGCCCCUUUGGUCUAUCCUCUUCUUCUUCAUGCUCAUCCUCCUGGGCUUGGGCACUCAGUUCUGCCUGCUGGAGACRCUGGUCACGGCCAUCGUGGACGAGGUGGGCAACGAGUGGAUCAUCCGCAGGAAGACUUUUGUGACGCUYGGCGUGGCCGUGGCGGGUUUCCUGCUGGGCGUCCCUCUCACCACGCAGGCAGGGAUCUACUGGCUCCUGCUGAUGGACAACUACGCCGCCAGCUUCUCCCUGGUCGUCAUCUCCUGCAUCAUGUGCGUGGCCAUCAUGUACAUCUAUGGGCACCGCAACUACUUCAAGGACAUUGAGAUGAUGCUGGGCUUCCCACCCCCGAUCUUCUUCCAGAUCUGCUGGCGCUUCAUCUCGCCCGCCAUCAUCUUUUUCAUCCUGGUCUUCACAGUGAUCCAGUACCGGCCCAUCUCCUACAACGACUACGUCUACCCGACCUGGGCCAUCAGCAUCGGUUUCCUCAUGGCGCUCUCCUCCGUGAUCUGCAUCCCCAUCUACGCCAUCUACAAAGUGUGCCGCUCCGAGGGAGACACGCUGCUCCAGCGUUUGAAAAACGCCACCAAGGCAAGCAAGGACUGGGGCCCGGCGCUGGCRGAGCACCGCAGCGGGCGCUACGCCGCCGCCUUCAGCCCCUCCAGCGAGUGCCCCGUGGAGGUGCAGCCCCUGCACCCRGAGAAGGCGCGGAGCGAGGCCGCGGCCGCGCCGCCCCUGCAGGGCAGCAACGGCUCAGCCCACAGCCAGGACUCCAGACUGUGACCCCCUGCGUCCCCGCACCCCCUCUAACCCCUCCCGCGCGGUGACACGUUAGCACCUUCCGCUGGCGGAGCCUGGCUCCGGGCCGCACCGGACCGCGGGGGGCUCUCAGCGCCCGUCCCCGACACCCCCGACCUCCUCUCCGGUUAACCCCCCCCGUGGCGUUUGUUAACCCUCGUGUUUACGGUAACCAUUGGAUGUGACGCUGGGACGAGAGAGGA